AUGUCUCUGGAACGCCAAGUCCGCGCUAAGCUCGCUGCCAAGCGUAACCCUGAACAGGAGAAGGAGGCCCAGGGAUGGAUCGAAAGCGUCCUUGGCGCUAAAUUCCCUCCCGGUGAACUCUUUGAAGAUGUACUCAAAGAUGGAACUGUUCUGUGCCAGCUCAUCAACAAACUGAAGCCAGGAUCAGUCCCCAAGAUCAACUCGUCCGGCGGUCAGUUCAAAAUGAUGGAAAACAUCACAAACUUCCAAUCUGCCAUCAAAGCGUACGGUGUCCCAGAUAUUGAUGUAUUCCAAACUGUUGAUCUUUGGGAGAAGAAAGACAUCGCACAAGUUGUCAGCACACUCUUCGCUCUUGGCCGUGAGACCUACAGACACCCUGAAUGGAACGGCCCCUACCUAGGACCCAAGCCUUCUGAGGAAUGCAAGCGUGAUUUCUCCGAAGAAGUCUUGAAAGCCGGUCAGACUAUCGUAGGUCUACAAGCUGGUUCCAACAAAGGUGCCACUCAAUCCGGUCAAAACAUCGGCGCCGGUCGUAAAAUCCUGCUCGGCAAGUGA